UUCUUUACAUUUAUCGGUUUAUUUCUCAUGAAAUAACUGUAAACUGUAAGUAAAGAUAAUUUUUAAAUCACAGAGAGUAACGAAACAGUUGGUAUCUUUCCAGUGAGUAUACUGCGCAGACACCCUGUCGCAAACACGUUAAAGGUCUUCCUGUAGUGCUUUACGUUAGUCAAUGCAAUGAGGAGCGAGACUGCAGAUUUCCUGCUACUUUUUAUUUGAGUGUGUCUAUUACAGACGGACACUCAGACUGGAGGAUGGACCCUGUGGUGGUAAGCUACCAGGACAGCCUGUUGCGACGCUCUGAUGUGUCCCUACUGGAAGGACCUUACUGGCUCAAUGACCAAGUCAUUGGUUUUGCCUUUGAGUACUUUGCUGCUGAACGCUUCAGAGUCCUGGGGGAGACCAUCACCUUCAUCAGCCCAGAGGUCACCCAGUACAUAAAGUGUGCUUCCUGCCCGAAUGAGUUAGCAAUAUUUCUGGAGCCGUUAAAUCUUGCUUCUCGUCACUGGGUCUUCCUGGCUGUUAACGACAACUCCAACCAGACUGCCGGAGGAUCCCACUGGAGUCUUCUAGUCUACCAUCACAACUCCAACCACUUUGCACACUAUGACUCUCAAAAUGGCAGCAAUUCAACACACGCACGGCGCAUCGCCUGCAAUUUGGAGCCUUUCUUAGGUGCGGGGAGAAAAGCGCAGUUUGUGGAGGAGCCCUGCCCAUCACAGAAGAACAGCUAUGACUGCGGCAUGUACGUUAUCUGUAUAGCUGAGGCCUUGUGUGAAAAGGCAAGGGUGGAAGGCUCGCCACGCCUUCCUGUGCAAAUCAUCACCCCAGCUUACAUCACUCAGAAGAGGGUGGAGUGGUGCAGACUGAUCCAGAGCCUUGCUCAGAAUGACCUCUGCUGCGCUCUUUCCUUUCCUUAGCCUGGCAAAUUACCUUCACUUUAUGCAGAACAGCCUCUACAUAUCUACUGCUGGAGCAACUGAAUGCACUCCUACAUUACAGUAUAUAACUACAUAUGAAGUAUAUUUCUAUUAGACUCUGUAUAAUACCCCAUAAAAGAAAAAGAUAACGCAAUGUUACAAAUCUUGGUGUCAUGUUUAUGCCUUGUAAAUGCACAGUGACAUACAAUAUGUGAACCUGAACACCAGCAUGCCUAUAAGGAAAUGUACUCCCAUCUACAUUUUUACAAAGAAUGGAGUAAUUGUCAGAGAAGGCAAAUCAUUUUCUUUACUCGUUGUAUUAGCUUGCAGCGAAUGUAGAAAUGUUUACACUGAUUAUUGCUCAGGGUCAUUUUAAAUUAACUAGAAUUGACGAUAAGAAUGUGAAUCUGAACCUUGGCUCCUACUUUAUGUUAUAUGCACAUUUGGUUUCUCACUUUUCACAGCAGGCUACGUCUACAACGACACACUUUUCAUUUUGAAACAUUUUAAAGAAAAUUGCUGUAUGAGGGUAAGACUGUGCGUGUGCUGUGAGUGUUUAUGGGACAAAGGACAAUGUUGAUUGGUGGAAUGUAUUAUAUGUUCUCACAAAAAGCAAGUGUCAAAUUCACUGUCUGCUGGUCUAAGAAAUGUGAUGUCAGAUUUUUGAUGAUAAAACUGUUAAUUUGCUUUUUGUUUAUUCUUUAAGAUCCCAGCUCUCUCAUCAAGUUAACAGUUAAUAUUGAUAUUUUACAGGUUAAGGUCCAGUUAUCGACCAAAAUGCAAUAGUAAAGACAUAAAGUAAUAUUGAUCCACCACUAAAUUAAAAACUUUUCUUAUAGGCUGCACAAUGUUAACUAUUGCCACAGUGACACCUUUCAAUUUUAGGGGUAUUAUUAAAACAUAAAAUCAUUUUGUUGGAGGUAUAGAUAUUUGUAAAUGGUAUUCUGAUAAUUAUUCCAAAAUUGCUCAUAAUAAAUAAGUUAAAAGAACUAAACUCACAAUCUGCCAAAACAUUUCAAUUUAAAAUAAUUUCAGUACUUCAAGACAUCAAGUGCUCAAAUGUAUUGAAGUCGACUUACUUCGCAGUUACUUUUUAAAAUAAAACAACUUAUUGUUUUAAGAAGAAAAAUAACCUAACACGACUAGUGCUGCACGAUCACAGCUAAGCACAAUGCGUUAAGGGCACAGUGUGAAUUUCAUUGUGUUGUGAUUACAAGACAAUCUGUUGCAACUAGACAACUGAAACAGACACAUUCACUGAGUCAUAUUUUACAAAUAGUUUAUGUUAAACUUAAAAUAUGUAUAAUUUUCAUAAGUGGAGUGUGGGUAACAAUAAGCUGUCAUCCGACAUUUUAUUUUAAAUUAAGAAAGGAAAAAGAACGUGACCAACAAUUGUACUAUUCAAAUUCAGAAGGACUGGUGCCUUUGACAUAUUUAUAAGCAAGCCUUACUAUAGCAGUUGAUUUAGGGUUUCAACUUACUGUAGAUGGACAUGCAGCAAAGUUGUGCUUACCGAAUUGCAACGUGCGUGUGGGAUGAACACUAUGAUGCACAGAAAUGGCUCGUGAUGAUGGGAGAGGGAGUGAGAAUGAGUCAAUAUGAUUAUCCUGUCUUGUAUUGUGUAAUAAAGCAUAUGCUAGUGUGCUGAUCUGAAUCUGAAGGGUUAUUUUGAACUACAACAUACAUGAAUCAAUGUAUGAAUCGGUUAAAUUGGGAAUACUCGUAAUUUUGCUGCAUAUGGGAAUAAAGUAAAUCCACACUG